AUGGAUUCUAUGGAACCUGUAUAUUCUUUAGACAUUGCCUUUCAUAAAGAAUAUAGUAAAUAUGUACCUUACACUUUGAUGAAUUCCUAUAUGCCAUUGGUCUGGAAGGAGCACUCAGAUAGAUGUGACUUCAGGAUUUUUUGUUCUGUUUUGGUUCAGAAGACAGUGGAGAUUCGAUCUUGUCUUCUUUCGCUUGGUUUCCCCAGGUGGUGCGGUUGGGGAGUAGAGAAGGCUCGUCGAGACCUCGAUGCCGGGUCGUUCCAAAGUGACUUGCGCCUUCAUUCCUUCAUCCCCAGGUUGCAGAAGGAAGUGCAAGAACUCAGUGCGGAAGGAGGUCUCUGCUGCUGCAUAGGUGGAGUUGGUAGAAUGUUUGGCUGGGUAAAGUCUCGCUUUGGAGGUCUUCUUCUGCAUCUGGAGGUUAUUCAAGGAUUUUGUGACCCUAACCCUACAUAAUAUGUUGAUAGUGAGAAAACAGAGCCAAAUGUAAUUUUCUAUUAGAGUUUGAAAUCAAACAACAAUAAUUUCCUGGACAUUGAUUCGGUGAAGGGAGAGUUCAUGAAGAUUAUAAAGAAUGGCUAUGUAGGUUCUCCUGGAAGGAUGGAGAUGUCCAUCCUGUUAUCUUCUCAACUGCCAAAUUGAUGUUAAGAAAAGUAAUCCACUCUUUUAUAUUAACUUAUUUGCAAUGUAUCACCAGUUUCUGUGAGGAUUAUAAUGGCUAGAUCUAUUUUAUUUUGAUUUGUCUGUUA